GUCAUCUCGGUGUGUUAAAAAGUGCGUUCUAGAAAUGAAGCAUUCGAGCAUCGGUUUAAUCCUCUUUGGUGCUGUUCUCUAUGUUGCUGCAAGUGAUCGUGGCCUUACUGAGAGCAAGGAUGACGUCCAGAGUUUGGCGUAUGGGACGUCGGGGUUUGGACUUGAGCUAAUCCUGGCCAAGCUAGAGGCAAUCGAAUAUAGAUUACAAAAGAUGGAGAGUAUGCAGUUGCAGUUGCAGAAGAUUGAGGACAAGAUCCAGGAUCAUCGAUCAAGCCAAAGGCAGAUAGUGACAACCCUGCAGAAACAUCAAUCCACGCAAGGGCAGAUAGUUGCAGCCUUGAACCAACAUCGAUCCAGCCAAGAACAAAGCCAAAAAGAAAUACUUACUGUGCUUAAUAAAUUGGUAAAUCAAGUCGCGCUUAAUUUAAGCGAGGAUCACAAUCGAGAUCAGGAGGUGAACACAGCGCUUCACAAACUCAAUAUAGACGUCGACAAUGUGCAUAACAUCACCCAGCAGAUAAUGAAUGCCUUGCCGCAGGUGCACCAAAUCACUGAAAUACUGCAAAAGCAGUGUCCUGUAUCAGCAAAAGUGGAUUACAAUAGUGUCUUCACACCAACGGAAGUUAGUGUUCCACAGCCACCGAUAACACCGAAAACAACAACACCAACAGCAGCUACUAUUACAACUAUUACAACAACACCGAAGCCUAAACAACCCCCCUUUUCCUCGUGCAAAGAUGUUCCAUCGAACAUCUCUGGAACAUAUCUGAUCCGCGUGAAUCGUGAUAGUGAACCGUUUGAAGUGUAUUGCGAACAGAAAACGUUUGGAGGAGGAUGGAUCGUAUUUCAGUACCGUUACGACGGAUCACUGGAUUUUUAUCGAGGCUGGAAUGAGUUCCGCGACGGUUUUGGUGAUUUAAACAAAGAGUUUUGGUUGGGUCUUGAGAAGGUCCACCAGAUAACAAGUGGCCGUAAGCAUGAAUUCGUCGUUGAAUUGAAAGACUUUAAUGGAACUUAUAAAUAUGCGCUGUUUAAUGCAUUCGAAAUAGGCAGUGAGAGUAAGCAAUACAACUUGAAGGAUAUCGGAGCGUAUAAUGGAACUGCAGGUGAUGAAAUGUCCAAUUAUAAGGGUAGGAAGUUCUCAACCAAAGAUCGUGACAAUGAUGAGGACAGUAGACAUUGUGCACAGGACCGCGAAGGUGCAUGGUGGCACUGGCGUUGUACCCUCGCGAAUCUGAACGGGCGAUACAUGAAUGCCGUCAAUCGAAAGUCAAUGCAUUGGUAUUUUUUCAAUAAUAACAAGAAAGGAUUGAGCUUCUCACGAAUGAUGAUCCGAGAGAAGGAAGAGCGUUUCUAGUCGGAUCAAUGGUGCAGUGAAUUGAAUAAAAAA